GACGAUUCAACGAUCACGAGCUCAGGGGUGAACAUGGACUUGAAGAUUAUUAGCCUGGUAAUUGCCAUCUUCUGGCCGAUGGCUUGGUCACAACUGGACUCGUGCGCAUCAGCAGUCGAUUGUGGAAAAUGCACCACCAUUCCAGAUUGCGUCUGGUGUCGUGAAACGAGUUUCAACGGAGAUCGUUGCAUGACAAGAGAUCAAGCCAAAACAGCUCAAUGUUCUUCCCAAUUUGUAGUCGACCCUCAAGUGUUUAUCGACUACGUUCAAAACGUUCCGUUGGCUGAAGCGUCCAAAUUGGAUGAUCCCAUCCAGUUGAAGCCGCAGAGGGUUUCCGUGAGCAACGCCAGAAACGGACAAACUUACACCAUUCCGGUCGAAUUCAAACAGGCUAAAGAUUAUCCGAUUGAUCUUUACUUUUUGAUGGAUUUGUCCAAUUCAAUGGCCGACGACAAAGCUUCAGUGGAGAAACUGGGCUCCAAACUGGCCGACACCAUGCGCAACAUCACCCGAUUUUUCUCAAUGGGUUUCGGCUCGUUCGUCGACAAAAAUCGCUUUCCUUACAGCUGGCCAGAACAAAAAACGUAUUCAUUCAAGAACCAUAUGAAAAUAGCUGAUAACAUUGCGCUCUUUACGAGCGAAGUCCAGCAGGCAGGAAUUGUCAACACGUACGACGAGCCUGAAGGUGGGUUCGAAGCUCUUGUCCAAGCCAUUGUGUGUACAAACGAAAUCGGAUGGAGAGAAAAAGCCCGACACAUCAUUCUAUUGAUUACCGACAAUUAUUCACAUUUGGCUGGCGAUGGAAGGUUGGGAGGCAUUUUGACUCCGAAUGAUGGCAAAUGCCAUUUGAACGGAAUCGACUACGGGUUUGGAUUAUUACACGAUUACCCCUCGCUAGGCCAAAUCAGUCGCCUUGUCCAAGAGCAAUCCAUGAAUGUCAUCUUUGCCGUGACGGCAGAUGUGGCCAAAGCUUACCAAGCUUUCCAACCGCUAGUCAGAGGUUCGUCCGUGGGUGUUAUGAGUAAAGAUUCGUCCAACGUCGUCACCCUUGUCGAAGAGCAGUAUAAGCUCAUUACUUCCUCGGUGGAAUUGAGAGAUAACGCCAAUAAUGGAGUCAAACUUCGAUACUUCACCAACUGUCUCGACAAAGAUUCUUCAGUCAGAGAGACGCCUAGUUGUGAUCAGCUCAAAGUUGGAAGUCUAAUCAAAUAUAACAUCACUAUCGAAAUCGACCAAUGUCCUGCUGGAAAGUCCACCCAUCGUCAAACUGUUGUCGUUUCUCCUGUCGGAUUGACCGAUUCUUUGGUCAUCGAUCUGGAAAUUGAAUGUGACGAAUGCCCUUGCGAGCGAGCUGACAGUGUGAGUUGUCCCCAUCAAUGUGACGAACUUACUUACUGUUUGGAGCCCAGUCGCAUCCCGAAGGAAUUAUUGGAAUCGGACAAAAUAGCUCAGGAAUGUAGCAAAUUCAAUAUGACCAAAGACGACCCAUCUUCGCCGGAUCUAUUUCCUAUGAGAAGGUGCGAGAUUUUCGACAACGCUACCGACUGUCGAAGGGAUUUCGUUUACGGCUACACGGCGGACGACGAGAAAGUAGUUCUCUUCAACAACACAAUUUGCACGCCGGCUUUUAAAUUCGAGUUAACCCCCAACAUUGCUUUCAUGAUGAUGGGCUCUCUCGUCGCCGUCGGAUUGGCACUUUUGCUCUUGUGGCGACUCUUGCUCUUCAUGUACGACCGCAAAGAAUACGCCAAGUUCAUCAACGAAAGCCAAAAUGCAAAAUGGACGGCCGAUAAUAAUCCGCUCUACGUCGAAGCCUCGACUAAUUAUAAUAAUCCGGCCUUCCAACAAGGAGGUCAUAAAUGAAGAAAUUAAAAAAACAAAACAAAAUGUGUCGUCAAAACUUUUUUUUUGUAAUCAUCUUUUGAAAAUCAGAUCCAAUAAAUAUAUAUGAGAAUACCACACA